AUGUCAACGCCAGAGCUUAAGAUUGAAUCUGAAGUUGCCGCUGAGCUUGAGCCCGACAACCAACCACAACUGGCUGUCUUGAGAAAUCAAGAACUCGUUUCUGAAAUAUUCAGUCAUCUUGGUCCAGAAAGAGGCCCCUUGUACCGGUUGGCUGGUAUAUGCAAAGCGUUCCGCGAACCAGCUCUCGAUCGACUAUGGAAAUCAAUGGACAACCUCCUGCCACUAAUUAAAGUGAUACCAGGCGCUGCGAUUGACAAUGGAAAUGUCUUGGGCAUGAAUCUCGUGCUCCAGAUAUUCCAGGAUGUUCCCAGUGCGAAAUUGACCAAUCAAUUCAAAGCAUACGCUCGACGCAUUCAGCACCUGCACAUCGGUAUCUGGUGUGCUUUCAUUUCCGCACAAGCCUAUACGAUCAUGGCCAAACAACUACUACUCUGCGCGCCCAGCUCUGAGAAGGCGGAAUCCCUCCUUCCCAAUUUGCUUUCCAUCUCUAUCGCUGGAAACAUUCACGAGCCUUCCUUUCUGGCUUGUUUUGAUCUCUUGACUUCGAAUUCGAGGCUCCAGCGAGUUGAAAUGGACCCCUCUGCAUCCAUUCGACCCAAUCCAAACGCUACAUUCGGUCCUGCCAUGGUAACUCAGCUGGCACAGGAGACGCCUACCACUUUGACCCGUCUUGUCCUUACCGACUACAUCCUUGCCAGUUUGGAAACCGCAGGAGUGUACGGAAGCUUGAAGAAGCUGAUAGCCCUUUCCUCCCUCACUCUCGUCUGCUGCCUACCAUUCCGACUACCCUCGCUGUCUAGUUUGGUGGCAGUUGCCCCUCGUUUACAAUUCCUCGAGAUCCGAGGCAAUUGCCUGGCCGAAAGUACCCCAAUGAAGCCAAUUCCAACCGUCUCAUUAACCUCCAUGUCCCUCGCAACCCCCGGCACCUACGCUCACAUCAUAGCGAACCUACUCCUACCCAGCCUUCAAUCAUUAUCGUUAUCAGUACUGGAAAAUGACGCGGGGGAGCCCAUCUAUUUUGAGGUCGAGCGGCUAGCCGAAGCCCUCGCCACGACGGCACCCAAACUCCGGAACCUCCAUCUUGUAGCAAACUGGGACGCCGUCAGCUUUGCGCAGCUAAUCCCACUGGUCCAACUUCCCAACCUUGAACAACUCAUUAUGAAAAUGCACAUCCCAGGAAGUUGGAUAAUCCGCAACCCAAACAGAUGGGAAGACGUUGCGGAAACAACAGCCCAGUUUCUUCAAUUUCUAACUGCCAUUUCAUCCAAUGGUGCCGAGGGCAAGGCCUCGGCGUUGCGCGUGUGUUGUUUUCCCCAUUUCAAGACGUUCAUGGUCUCCCUCGACGGCCUCCGCUACCUCUCGGGGAUCAAGACAAGACUGGAAACCGUUCACCUCAGUAUCGAUUCCAGCAUGAGCGAACGGGGACUUGAUCCUGAUCUCAAGGCCACAGUUACCUCGCAUACCAACGCAACGUCGAUACGCCAUCUGCAAAUCGAUGACGCACGGCCCAAUAGUGUCCCUACCAGAAUGCUUCGGUCUCUAGCUCUCUAUAUUCACAAGCUAUUUCCGGAAUUGGUUACACUUGGUACGGUUAGGAUGUCGCCCGUGGCGGACAUGCAGGAAUCAUGGGCACUCAUCGACCAGUUGCGAAGAGAUUACCAGGAACUCGGUGUGUAG